GAAAAAUAUUUGGCCAAAAAUCUAAAGAAAAACUUCAUCCCUGUUGCAUUUAUAUCCAUUUAAAUCCAUCUCUGGGUAGUAGGGACUUUUAAAAAUCGAAAACUUCUUGAAACGAAACCUCAACAGUCGCGUGUUAACAACAGUAACGUUUCGCGCUCCUUACGACCCAGAACCGUUCUUUUGAUGUCAGUCUUCUUACAUGAUUUCGUUCUGUAAGACCCUCAUACGACCAUACGAGUAACUUCAAUUUUUUUUAAAAUUAUUUACUUUUGAAUUAGUGAGGUGUAAAAAUUGGUGGAUUAUUUUUAGUGCGAAAUAGUGUUUUCGAAAUAAAAUUCUGUUUUUGUGUGUCGCCGAUGAGCUGAUUUAAAAAAAAAGAAAAACACCAAAGUUAAGUGAUUAAAACAUUUUUCCUAAUUACCUAAACAAUCCCGAGGGUGUCCUGUUAAUUAUCUUUCGAUAGCUCGAAAAAUCAGGAUUAUGGACUAUUUUAUUAAACAUCCAUUUUUGUCACCAUCGUCAUCGUCAGCAAAGAAUCCGAGUGCAAUGUGACCAGAUAAAAAGCAACGACACCCUUAUUACGAGGAAAAAAAAAAGAAGAAAAAUGUCAAAUGAAAAACUUUCUUCGAUGCGGCCAUCAUUUGGCCUGAAUCAGUAAGCGGUGGAUUGGAAUAGGGGAGCGGGGGCCGGUGUUACCCCCCUCGAAAUUCACCCACGCCUGCACUGGCUACUAUGCUAAUUGCACAUUGGAUCCAAGCCCUUGUCGCGUUGCUCGGCUUGGCCGCUGUAUUUCAAAGAGUGAAAUCUGAGGAACACUACAACAAAACAUUGACGCACGGUAUGGGUAUUCGUGGUGGUAAUAGGCAUAGGCAUCACGCGGAAUACCUUGAUUUGUUUGAAAAUAGAGGUCACUAUCCGAAUCCGACGAUACCUCUCGAACUGAUGUUUGGCGAACCAAAGAGAAACCAGAGCGAAAUCCAUCGGCAAUUGAGAAAAGAGUUUGCUCAGGUUAAGGAUUACGCUUUCGGGGUGAAUUGUUGUCCGACAGUGAUCGAAAUGACCGAACCCGAUGGUGGUAAAAACGAUCAGGGGAUGUUUGUGGAGCUUUAUAGAAGUGAUAAUUAUAAACAAAGGUUUUAUGAGCUUUCUUGUCACGCCUCUAUUCUGAACCAGCCCUGUCGAUUUAUGGAGAAGCACCUGCAAAGUUAUUCGAGAUGUGUGCAGACCUACAGUUACACCUACGCUUUGGUGAAAGACACGCCCUCGGUCAGGACCAAGAACCGGCCUACGUUUCCCGGAGCGGCCGGAAACGGUAACAGCAGCUACACGCUCGACUACAUCAGCGUGCGUAGCGGAUGCGCUUGCGUGGUGAUGCCCAGAGAGAAACGGAGACACAAAAAAGACAAGAUCAGACUUAAGUCGUAUAGAAGAAGUAGGCCAUAGAAUUUUGUCCAGUAUUUUUUUUUGCCUGCUACGGCUGUGAUUUUAAGUUGUUGAUGAUCGAAAAAUAGAGUAAUAGUUAUGUGUCCUUUGAUAAUGAUAACUUUAACAUUGGCAAGUGGAUUUUUGAAUUUCUCGUAUCUCUUCUGAUUCAUUAUUUACUUAUAUGUAUAUGCUCCUCAGGAGUUUGUUGCUUUGUACUGAAACCUACUCAGAAGUCCCAGAACUAUCAUUGCUUAGCUACUAGAUUCUCCAUUUUCAUAGAGAUGUCUUCUUAAUUUGUCUCUCUGUUGCAAGUUUUGUUUUUCUGUUUAUUUCUUCAUUUUUCUUCUUACUCUCAGAGAAAAUAACAUUCUUGCUUCUUUGUCGUUGAGCCAACACAUCCAAAACUGAGGCCCAUAAAUAGUAAUUUCUAAGAUUUUUGAUCCCACUUUCUCCACAAUAAUGGAUCUGGUAUAUAAGACCUCAACCGGAAUUUUUUUAACCUAUUUUCGAGCAGCUUGAACAGACUUCAAUGAGAAUUUACCUAUUUUUUUCACAUGUUAAAGCUAAAAUUAUCAUUAUUGAAGCAUACUAUCAUUUUUCGACAUCAAUUUUUCAAAGCUGUGGUGGACUUUUUUUUAAAAAAAAUAUUCUAAUUUAUUUAAUACCAAAGUAUUUUUUUCGCGAAUUAAGUAUAUAUAUUUAAGUGUACAUUUUCUUUAGUGCGCGAGAGUGUUUUCUUUAAGGGACCUUUUUAUUUAGUACCGGACUUUUAACUAAACAUUCCAUUUUUCUUCCUUGUACAGUGUGCUCUUGUGAAUUUUAUUUAUAGACUUUUUUGACACGAAAUAUUUGUUGCUACCUAAUUUUCGUACCACUAAACAUCACAUGAAAUGUUGAGGAAUUUGCUUGUAUCAGCAUUUAUAUACAGAGGGUGGUCGUUAUGUAGGGAAACAGUCUAACAUUUCAGAAAAAUGUACAAUAUUUCCUACUUGAGGGAUUUUGGGAAUUUACAUUUUUCUGAAAUAUUAGGCCGUUUCCAUAGAUAACGACAACCCUGUAUACUAUGAAAUUGUUUAUGGACACAAGCAAUUUUGACCAGUUUCUUUUUAUAUUAUAUGUUUCAGGCUCAGCUGAUACCAUUUUUUUUUUUUUAGAGGAGACAAAAAUUUAUUCAACUAGGAAAUUCUAAACAGCAAAAUUGUUGGUAGAUUGUAGCCAAAACCGUGUAGAUUGAAUAAUUAAAGAUUGUCUCCUCUAAAUGGACUUCUCAAAACUGCUUCAAUUUAAUAUAUUGAAACCAGCUUAUUGUAAGGCAUUAUAACAUAUAGUCGCAGUAUUAUUGCAAUUUCGAAUGCAUUUACCAGUGUAAGAGGAAAAAGCUUACUUAAAAAUAUGAAAACCAUGACAUAAUAUACAGGGUGUCCAAUGUACAGAAUACCACUUUUCAUUAUGCCAAGAAAUUCUAUUUGAGUUUCUGACUUUUUGUUAGAAAUUUCAUUUGCAUCAUUAAAGAAUUUGUCACACUUAGGUAUUUUGAGCAAUAAUGAAAACUGGUUUUCGGAGUACCUACCCUGUGUACAAAAAAUAAAUUCUAUAGAAUAAAAUUCUAUUUCCACUAACAAAGUUGCAUUUACAUAGGGUAUUUCAAUAUUAUUUUUAUUCUAUAGAAUUUUUUGUAUUAAAUCUUAUUAUUAUUAUUUUUGAAAUGUUUUUUGAUAUUAGACUGAUUAAUUAUUAAUAAUAAAUAUUGCCAUAUUAUAAACAAAUAAUGCUAUUUAUUAUAAGCAAGGCUUUUUAAAAAUUAAACGACGUUACCGCAUUAUAAUUUUUUGUAAUUUUUAUAUAAUUAUUAUACCAGGCUUUCAUUUAUUAUAUCAAUCUGUUGUAAAUACCUUUUAAUUAUUAUGGUGCAAUAUUUUUUUACUAAUAAUAUUAUAUUUUUUGAUGUUUUAUAUUUAUUUCAUAACAAAAUUAAUUGUUUAUCCGGCCCUGUAAAUAUUAAUUUUUCUGUAAUUUUGUAUUAUUAACUCACUAUAAUUAUUUAUUUAAAAUUAAUUUUUGUGUUUAUUUCUUAAUUUUUGAUUGAAAAAAAAAAAUGUUAUUUAUUUUUAUAUACAGUUUUAGUAGAGAGGGCUUUUUUUUUGUACUUAUAUUUUAAUAAAUUUGCCUGAAUAAUUUCAAAUUUACUGGAAAAAAUAAAUAAAUCUAUAUAUCUAA